GCAAGACUUUGUAAAGAAGAGUAUAAUUGGGAUUACCAGUUUACUGAAGAAGCACGUAAACUUAUCGUGGAAGAUAGCAAAAUGGAUCAAUUCUCGAUUUAUUUUACCAGAAAACGUUCAAUCCCAUAUGCAAUGUCAAGCAACGGGAAUAUUUCGAACAUAGAUGGGUUGAUUCUUGAAGCUUCUCGCUUCGUUGAACUACAAUCGAUUGAUGCUGGAAAAUGCAACAUGAUCAAUUACGAAUUCUUAGGAAAGUUAACUCUUAAGAUAGGAAAACAUCUUAAUGUUUCUUCCUGGACCAAGAAUGGGGAAAUGGCUUUCAUGGGCUUUCUAGGAUUUGCACAUCAAGAUGCAUCAGUCGAGCUUGGCAAUCAGGUGGUAGCUGAUGCUUGUGAAGAAUUGUUCGAUUAUUAUCAAGCUACUAAGAAGAAAUCUGAUAUUGGCAAUGUGUUUAAAGAAAUAGAAAAUAUUAAGGAAAUAAGAUCAUUUAAAAAAAGAGCUCAACGAAACCAAAAUUACCCUCGGAAAGACAAUAGAAACAAACCACAGAGCAGCCCGGACAAUGUGGUGCAAGAAACAUUGCGAGAAGUGAUUAAUACUAGCCAAGUGGAUGUUGAAGCAUGUUCGGCUGUUGAAAAAGGAUCUAGAAUCAAACGCUUUGAACAUCAACUUAAUCACUUCUUUUGGUAA